AUGUACCACCAGUUGCGUAUUAGGGAUGCCGAUAAGCAAGCUCAGCGCUUCCUAUUUCGCUUCGAUUCAACGGAUCCUCCGGUGGUCUAUAUUAUGGACGUGGCUACUUUUGGGGCUACGUGUUCUCCCUGUUCGGCCCAAUUUAUAAAAAAUCGGAACGCUCUUGAACACUCGACACAGUUUCCCGAUGCUGCUUCUGCAAUUGUAGACCGCACGUACGUGGAUGAUUACUUUGAUAGCUUGGACUCUGAGGAAGAAGCUCUACAGAGAGCCAAGGAAGUAAGGUUUAUCAUCGCUAAAGCGGGGUUCGAAGUCAGAAACUGGUCUUCGAAUUCGCCGCUGGUCCUAAACGGUCUGGGCGAGGAAGGAUCAACCGAAUUAGUACACUUUCACCAGGACAAAGCUACCGAAAACGAAAGAGUGCUGGGCGUUAUCUGGAACCCGCAGUUGGACACUCUGUCAUUCGCUGUUCCAUCCGGAAUGGCGGUCUCAUCGAUUCACUCCACCAAACCAACAAAAAGGGUCGUUCUUAGUUCAGUUAUGACUUUGUUCGAUCCCUUGGGCCUUCUAGCCCCGUUCACUUCGUUGGGGAAGAUGCUAGUUCAAGAUCUUUGGAGGUCCGGAUACGACUGGGACCAGGAAGUUGACGACGACUCGUACAAUAAGUGGAGAUCGUGGGUAAGCGCGUUACCAGAGAUAGCCAGCCUGAAAAUUCCACGUAGCUACUUCGGCACGGUGCAGUCAACGGAUUUUGGACACAUACAGCUGCAUAUAUUCUGCGACGCAGGGGAAAACGCCUUCGGAUGUGCUGGAUAUCUACGGAUUGAAGUCGACGGUCUAGUCAAGUGUUCCUUGGUUAUGGCACGAACCAAAGUAGCACCUCUAAAACAACUUACGAUCCCCCGACUCGAGUUGCAAGCGGCUGUACUGGGAUCAAGGAUGUCGCAGCAACUCAAACAACAUUUAUCACUUAAAGUAGAUCAAACCUUUUUCUGGACUGAUUCCCGAACUGUCCUGUCUUGGAUAGCGUCGGAUCAAAAACGCUACAAACAAUUCGUCAGCUUCAGGAUCGGGGAAAUCUUAAGCCUAACAAAGCUGUCGGAAUGGAGGUGGAUAUCCUCGAAGAUGAACAUUGCUGACUGCCUUACGAAGUGGAGAAGCGAUUGUGGCUUGGUUCCAGAAUGGUUUCGUGGGCCAAAUUUCCUUUACCAAUCCCAAGAAACUUGGCCGCGUCAACAACUUCCUCCUACGAACACUAAAGCGGAAUUAAGGGCUGUACAUUUGUUCCACGACGUCACGUUCCCAGAUAAGCUGAUCGACGCUACCAAGUUUUCAAAAUGGAACGUUCUCGUGAGGACGUUGGCGAGCGCGCUACGAUUCAUCUCGAAUUGUCAACGGAAAAUACGCGGGGAGUCCAUCGAAACACUCAAACCGACGAAGAAUCAACAACAUCGCAUAAUCUCCGGCGUAUAUUCGACUCGGGUGCCUCUGAAGCAAAAUGAGUAUCAACGAGCUGAAACUCUUCUUUUCCGAUCCGCGCAAUACGAGUACUUUGGAGAUAAAAUUACAACGCUCCUGAAAAAUGUAGACCUCGAACCAUCGAAGUGGAUAACCCUAGAAAAGAGCAGCACACUCUAUAAGCUGACGCCUCUCAUAGAUAGCGAAAAGGUAUUGAGAAUGGAAGGGCGGUGCGAUAGGGCCGAGAAUCUACCGUUCGACAUGCGGUUCCCAGUCAUCCUUCCCCGAGAUGGACCAGUAACCGAACUUCUAGUGCGCCACUAUCAUGAAGCGUACGGUCAUGCCUUUAGGGAAACUGUCAAAAAUGAGAUAAAACAACGCUUUCUCAUUAUCAGUGUGAACACUGUGUUGGCGAAAGUCGAGCGAAGCUGCAACUGGUGCAAGGUACGCAAGAGCUUACCGAAGGUACCCAGAAUGGUGUCCAUUCCUGUACAACGUCUAACGCCCUACAAGCGACCCUUUACGUUUGUUGGGAUCGACUACCUAGGUCCGGUACAAGUCUCGGUAGGUCGACGUUCAGAAAAAAGGUGGAUAGUGUUAUUCACGUGUCUAGUAGUUAGGGCUAUCCACCUUGAAGUGGCCCACAACCUCACAGCGCAAUCGUGCACAAUGGCGAUCAGACGUUUCAUCUGUCGACGGGGCCCCGCAGCAGAGUAUUUUUCCGACAACGGUACCAAUCUAAAAGCUGCAAGCAAGGAAUUUGUGCAGCAAUGGCAAGAAAUCAGCGCAGAAUGUGCCGAGGAGUUUACUAGUGCUAGGACGAAAUGGCACUUUAACCCACCUGCCGCUCCUCAUAUGGGAGGCAUAUGGGAGCGAAUGGUCCGGACUGUGAAGAACGUCAUGGCGGUGCUCAACGACGGGCGUCGACUGAACGAUGAAAUCCUUCUCACCACAUUAGCUGAAACUGAAGAUAUGGUUAACAGUCGUCCACUUGUCUACAUAUCCCAAGGUGCUCUUCAGGAGACUCUUUCUCCUAACCAUUUUCUUCGAGGAACGGCUGCAAACGAACCCCACGAAGUACUACCCCCUACCGAUCCAGCUAGUGCACUUCGUGACACGUACCAGCGUUCUGUAGAGCUCUCCAAUAAUCUCUGGGAACGUUGGUUGAAAGAAUAUACUCCGAGUAUCAAUCGACGCAGUAAGUGGUUUGAUGAGUCAACGCCGUUACGAAAAGGUGAUCUUGUGUACAUCGUCGAUGGAAACCGGCGCAAAGCGUGGAUUAGAGGGAUCGUCGAAGAACCAAUUGCAGCAGGUGAUGGAAGGAUUCGCCAAGCGAUUGUUAGGACCAAUUACGGAUUGGUCAAACGGGCAACCGCUAACCUGGCGGUACUGGAGAUCGAGGGAAGUAACGCUGCUCCGGAUUGUGGUUCCGGAACAGGAUUACGAGCCGGAGAUGUGUUCGGUAUAUCGGGACAACCCUGUACCGCCGAGCAUACCGAUGCCCCUGUUGCAGAUGCGACGAGUUGCGACCAACGAUUGGCCGCUAGGAAGCGACCUCGAACCGAACCAUCCCAAGUAACGGAAAUCCCAGGAUCGAUCGCCACGCAAGCGAUCGCGAACUACUCCAGGACGACGACAGAGGCAACGAAAGCAUCCAUCCUCCUUCCGGACCGGCAUGUCCCCGUGCAGGAAUGUGAAUCCUCCCUCCGGACCGGCGUGUCCAUUCCACUUCCAAUUCGGACCGGUACAUUGCCAAUCCAUACCGUGUGUCCACAUCCGAAACCGGUGAAUCCAGCUGCACACCAAACAGUCACCCUCCGGACCGGCGCGUCCACAUUCGGACUGAUCGCAUCAGACCGACGGCACCCAAUCCUACUGGCGAGUCAAACGGCAUUCCAUCCACCGGCGGCGUGGAUCUUCCGAAGCAUGGGCUUCACCUCCGACUCGACCACUGGCAGUAUGUAUCCGCAGGCAUCCGGGAAUUCUGACCUUCCACUCGGCGUAGUCAGGUCACGCUUGUCGUCCGUCAAGCAAGAGUCUCCCGCCAGCCAGCAUCCCAAUAAAACCAACCAACUAGCUAGCAUCCGGAUCAAUCAAACCCAAUCACCAUUCAAGCACUCCGCAUUCCACGAUCAUCUUUCCAUCGGACGACCAACGUGUAUAAAGGCAGGCAAACGUACCACGAUCAUCGGAAUCCUACCUGCGGCUGUGGCAGUAGCAAAUAAUCGUCAUCCUUCCAUCCUACCGACGACGGCAAGCUACACAGACACCGUGGUCAAAAAUUGA